ACGUAGUUCACGUCGUGCUCGCUAGGUGUCAGUAAACGAAGUCGACAGCGGACAACAACGUCGCGAAGAAGAAUACGGCCUCGUUCUAGAAACAUGCCGAAAUAUCUAACAGAGAGAUAGUUUUUUUUUUAACAACAAACAUAAUUGUUGCUUUGUGGCAAAAAUGCCUCGCUAUUGUCAGAUUGUUAUGGGACCCGCUGGUAGCGGAAAGAGCACAUAUUGCGCGACAAUGAUCGAGCAUUUUGAGUCUUUGAACCGCUCGGUUCAAGUGGUCAAUCUGGACCCUGCAGCCGAGCAUUUUGAGUACCCUGUUAUGGCAGACAUCCGGGAACUCAUCCAGGUGGAUGACGUGAUGGAGGAUGACUCUCUCCGGUUUGGCCCCAAUGGUGGCCUUGUCUUCUGCAUGGAAUACUUUGCCAACAACUUUGACUGGCUAGAAGAAAGCUUGGGUCACGUCGAGGACGACUACAUCCUGUUUGACUGUCCAGGUCAGAUUGAACUGUAUACUCACCUUCCUGUCAUGAGGCAGCUGGUGGAUCAGCUCCAGCAGUGGGAGUUUCGGGUGUGCGGCGUCUUCCUGGUUGACUCCCAGUUCAUGGUGGAGUCUUUUAAGUUUGUUUCAGGAGUCAUGGCCGCGCUUAGUGCCAUGGUGUCGUUGGAGAUCCCCCAAAUAAACAUCAUGACAAAAAUGGAUCUGCUCAGCGCCAAAGCCAAGAAAGAAAUUGAAAAGUACCUUGAUCCAGAUAUGUACUCCAUGAUGGGAGACAACUCUGACACCCUAAGAAGCAAAAAGUUCAAGAAGCUGACCAAAGCUAUCUGUGAACUGAUUGAUGACUACAGUAUGGUAAGAUUUCUGCCUUUUGACCGCACUGAUGAGGAAGGUAUGACCAUUGUUCAGCAGAACAUUGACUUCUCCAUACAGUACGGUGAGGACCUGGAGGUCAAGGAGCCAAAGGAGGUUGAUGAAGAGGCAGAUAACACAAAUUAUGAUGAGUUUUUUCAAAGCAAAGUGGACAGCUGAGAAAUGUCAUUUAAAGACAUUGGAUGUACAGAUGUAAAUACAGAAGAACCAGGAAGUGACCAAGUCAUGCUUUUCUCAUAAUUGUUUGUUGUUAUGAUUAAUCAGUCCCUUCAAGAGUUCGCAAUAUAGGCCAAUUCAUUGAAAUUAUGCACAUCGGCACAACCUUUCCCGCACCUUCCCCAUAAAUUUUGGCCAAUUUGUCUCUGAGCGGCGCUCAAAGAUGCAAGACAAUUAAAUUAAAUUAAAACUUAUGUCAGUUUCUUGUGUUGACAAAGCGGGAACAUUAGCAUGUAACAAUAUAUCAGCUAUUUAUUGCUCAAAUAAUUGUCGUCCUCCCACCUAGGCCAGACCUACCUCUGGUCUCUGUCAACAGUGCUAAGCCUUCUGGGUAAUGUAGUAUACAAACAUUUACUUAAAAAUAUUUAUAUAGUCAUUUAAGUUAUAUUUACCCAGGGUAAGACAAUUAAGAACAUAUUUUCAUUUGCAAUGUUGACCUAGCAAAGAGGCAGCAUUUGCAUGUAAGAGUUAUGAAGUAUGAUGAUAAUUUAGCAUCAUCUCAUUUACCAACAAAAAUGACCACUAUAGAUUGCCCUCAACAGUUCACAAAUGCUCUUAAGGAGUUGGGGUUAAUGUGUUAGAACAUAAAAAAUGUUGAAGAUGGACAAACCCUUUUCAAACGUAAAAUACACACGGAGAAUGUCAGCGACUUGUGUACGACGAAGUAGACACCGGACAAUAAGGAAGCCAUUGGUGUUUCUUUCUCAAACUAUAAUCAUUAUUAGUUAUAAUUAACUUAAACAAUACAGUAAUUUGAUGAUGGGCUCCAGAAGUAUGUACUUUUACUGACAUCUACUGUCUACUUUUACUCUUAAAACAACACAUUUUUUGUUGAACUCCUGUGCCUCUUCAGAUUUUUGAAGAAACACUUAAAACAUUGAUAACAAAUUCAUAAAAGCACGGGUUGAAUCAAUUUUGGUGUUAAAAAAACCCCUUAAAGUAUUGCAACCUUUGCCUCCAAUUCCUGAAAAAGCUGUCACAGAUUCAUAAUCUUUAGGCCGCCACAAUCUCAAAAAAGCCUGCAAACUCCUGGAGGGACUGACAUAUUUGAAGUGACAGAAUCACAUUUUUUUGAUUAAACAUGACCUACAUGUACAUCUAAUGUAUCACUAUAAUGAUAACCAGAGGCAUAGUAACGUUAUUCAUGUGGACGGAUGUUUUGUUAAGAA